CCUAAGUCGGGUCAGUUUCGACAGUCGAAUAUUGACAAAUGAUUGACAACCAAUAACCACAGAUGUUUAUGUCUUUUGUUUUUCUUUCGUGAUACAAUGGAAAAACAUCAGGAAAACGGAGAAAAUAACUUUAUCACUAGUCCUUCUAAAAUCAAAUCUAUAAAGAUGCCACAGACCGAACCAAACAACAUGGUGCAGAGCGAUAGUAUCAAGCCGAAAGCUCCUAAAGCUAAAAAACGAAAAAAACCUAAAGAUACAACGGCGCCCCGACAACCGUUAACAGGUUAUAUUCGCUACUUAAAUGAUAGACGAGAAGCUGUUAGAACUGCUAAUCCAGCAAUGUCUUUUGUUGAAAUUACAAAGAUUCUAGCCAGCGAAUGGACAAACUUGCCAGUUGAGAAGAAGCAGCAAUAUUUAGAUGCUGCUGAGCAAGACCGAGAAAGAUAUUCCAAGGAGUACGAAUUGUAUAAGCAAACGGAUGCUUAUAAACAAUUUACUCAACAGCAGACGGACAAAAAAGUGAAGGAAACCAAAGAUAAAGAGCUUUAUGAAAAAGUAACAUUGGGAAAUGUAAAUACUCCAAUUUUUCAACCGACGUUACCCAAAGACCCGCAAGACAUGGACUUUGGAAACUUUGACAUUCCAAUUUUCACUGAAGAAUUUUUGGAUCAUAAUAAGACUAGGGAUGGAGAACUCAG